AGAUGUCAGCGCCCAUGAAAAUGUGAAGUUUUAAAAAUAUUUUAGAUUUUUUCUUCCACAUAAUUGUCUAAAGCAAUAGCUUUGGUAGAAGUAAGUGUAACUAUUGAAACAUAAAUGUGAUUGACAUGAUGACAUCUUUGAUGACCCAAGCUAGACUUCUCCAAAAAUACUCCAAGUGUUUCAGGGAUAUUCCCCAACAUUAUGUCAGAAAUGUGACGAGGACUUUAGCAACACACUCAACUACUUACAAGGCUCUAGUAUCAAAAUCAACAAAUAUACAUAAGAAUCUCGCAUUUGAGCAAUAUUUAUACUCAACCAUUGACUUUCAUCAUACUAACCUGUUGUUUCUGUGGAGGAAUGACCCGUGUGUUGUGAUUGGACGUCAUCAGAAUCCCUGGGUCGAAUGUAACAUUGGUUUUCUCCAGGAGCACAAUAUAGCUCUGGCCAGGCGUCAUAGUGGCGGGGGCACAGUGUACCAUGAUAAUGGGAAUCUCAAUUGUACAUUUUUCACAGCACGUAAUGGAUAUAAUCGCAAGAGAAAUUUGAAUCUUCUUGUGGAGGCUAUAACAAAGUCAUGGGACAUUGAUUUAACAGUAAACGAGAGGGAUGAUAUCAUUCUUGAUGGCUUAUAUAAAAUCUCAGGUACAGCAGCUAAGCUAGACAAGACUAAGGGCUACCACCAUUGUACCCUGCUAUUCAAUGUUCAGGCAGAUACCCUUCAAGAGGCACUUAGUGCUACACAUAUUGGCUGCAAGAGUAAGGCAACUGCGAGUUUUCCUGCCAGAAUUGCCAACUUAGCAGAUGCUGACAACACCAUUACAUAUGAAGCCCUCAUAGCUUCAGUUGCUGAACAAUUCCUUGCUCAAAAUAGAGAAAAUCAGGUUUAUUCUGCUGAGUGGGUUGAUCCUGGAAGUAUAGAGGGUUGCAAAGAUAUCAACAAAAUACAAGAGGACUUACAAAAAUGGGAAUGGGUAUUUGGAAAAACGCCACCUUUUCAUAUUCAUAGACAAUUUAGGAAGGACUUUAAAGGCUACUCAAGUCAUGUUCAGAUACAUCUGGACAUCAAAGCAGAGAUUGUCUGUGGACUUGUGGAGAAAAUUCAAAUCAACAUGAAAGGAUUUGACUCAAAGAAUAUUGAAGAAUUCAUCAGAGUUUUACACCAAGAGUGUAUUGGUUUGCAGUUUAGAAAGCACACAUUGGAAUACAAACUUAACGAAUUGUUAAAUACGAGUCACAUGUAUGAUGCUGAUAUGGAAAUUGGCAAUUGGAUAAUGAGCUGUAUACUAGAUAAUGUGCAAUAAAU